AUGUCGAGCUGGAUGGGCUUCUGGGGAUCACGGAAGAAUAGUAGAGAAGCUACCAAAGAUGCUAUCGUCGGAUUGCGUCAACAAGUGUUAAUGUUGGAGAAGAGGGAAGAAUUUCUGCAGAAGAAGAUUGACGAGGAGCUGAAAAAGGCGAGAGCAAAUGCGACGUCGAACAAGAGAUUGGCUACAGCGGCUUUAAGACAGAAGAAAGCGCACGAGAAUGAGCUGGAUAGGAUCGCGGGGACGAGGCUACAGCUAGAAACACAGGCAAAUGCGCUUGAGUCCGCGAACCUGAACGCAGAGACAAUGGUAGCGAUGAAGACCGGUGCAGAUGCUCUGAAGGGCAUACAUUCGACACUGAAAGUGGAAAAAGUGGAUCAGACGAUGGAUGCAAUCAGAGAGCAGAUGGAUCAUGCGAACGAGAUCUCAGAGGCUAUAUCGAAUCCAGUGGGCAUGGCGGGACAGUACGACGAAGACGAGCUCAACGCGGAACUCGAAGCGCUGGAGCAGGAAGAAUUGGACGACAGAUUGGCGGGCGCAGAGAGAGCUCCGAUCCAUGCGCCUGUCUCUCCGACAGGCGUACACACCGGUCCAACGAUAACCGCAACAGCAGAAGAGGACGACGAAGAAGCCCAAUUACGUCAAUUGCAGGCAGAGUUGGCCAUGUGA